UGACGGGGAGUGACCUCCACGCCUGGCGCCAUGGGGGCUUCGGACCCGGAAGUGGCGCCUUGGGCUCCGGGCCGCGCCGCGGGGAUGGCGGGAGCCGGAGCUGGUGCAGGAGCUCGGGGCGGCGCGCCGGCGGGAGUCGAGGCCCGCGCUCGGGACCCGCCACCCGCGCACCGCGCGCACCCUCGCCAUCCUCGGCCCGCGGCUCAGCCGUCGGCGCGCAGGAUGGACGGCGGCGCGGGCGUCCCGGGCUCCGGGGACAACGCCCCGACCACCGAGGCGCUGUUCGUGGCGCUGGGCGCGGGCGUGACGGCUCUCAGCCACCCGCUGCUCUACGUGAAGCUGCUGAUCCAGGUGGGUCAUGAGCCGAUGCCCCCCACCCUUGGGACCAAUGUGCUGGGGAGGAAAGUCCUCUACCUGCCGAGCUUCUUCACCUAUGCCAAGUACAUUGUGCAGGUGGAUGGGAAGAUAGGGUUGUUCCGGGGCCUGAGCCCCCGCCUGAUGUCUAACGCCUUGUCCACUGUGACUCGGGGCAGCAUGAAAAAGGUCUUCCCUCCAGACGAGAUCGAGCAGGUUUCCAACAAGGAUGACAUGAAGACCUCACUGAAGAAAGUUGUGAAGGAGACGUCCUAUGAGAUGAUGAUGCAGUGCGUGUCGCGCAUGCUGGCCCAUCCCUUACAUGUGAUCUCGAUGCGCUGCAUGGUACAGUUCGUGGGACGGGAGGCCAAGUACAGUGGCGUGCUGAGCUCCAUUGGGAAGAUUUUCAAGGAGGAGGGGCUGCUGGGAUUCUUCGUCGGCUUAAUCCCUCACCUCCUGGGCGAUGUGGUUUUCUUGUGGGGCUGUAACCUGCUGGCCCACUUCAUCAAUGCCUACUUGGUGGACGACAGCGUGAGUGACACCCCAGGGGGGCUGGGAAACGACCAGAAUCCAGGUUCCCAGUUCAGCCAGGCCCUGGCCAUCCGGAGCUAUACCAAGUUUGCGAUGGGGAUUGCAGUGAGCAUGCUGACCUAUCCCUUCCUGCUCGUUGGAGAUCUCAUGGCGGUGAACAACUGUGGACUGCAGGCUGGACUCCCUCCGUAUUCCCCUGUGUUCAAGUCCUGGAUCCACUGCUGGAAGUACCUGAGUGUGCAGGGCCAGCUCUUCCGUGGCUCCAGCCUGCUUUUCCGCCGGGUGUCAUCAGGGUCGUGCUUUGCCCUGGAGUAACCUAAGUCUCCUGACCAAACAUUUACGGGGUCUUGGCCUACCCCUGGUGAGGACCCAUCAUCUCAGACGCCUGAGGGAGACUCCAGCACAGCCUGGCUUCCUGUCCAUAUUUGCCGUGUGUCUGUCCACGUGUGGGCUGGUGGAGGUGGGUCACCUGGGGGAGCCUGGGAGAGCAGUGUUGGUGGCAUCCCCUUCCUGCCCAGAGGUCCUUGAGUCUCCAUCUUGUACACGGGCAGAGGAAGGCUGCGGAGGCCAAGGUCACUCCAAGGCAUCCCUGCACCUUCAGCCCAGCUCAUCCUGCCAGUCAGCCGGAAGCACCCCUCCUGCUUUGUAAAUAGGGCACCGUCAUGCCUGGGCCUGGGCCUGGGCUGGCGCUGCUGCGCUCCGCCCUUGUUCUCAACACUACUUUCCUGACACAAGGGCGGCGCCUCCUCCUGUGUGACUCCUCAGAAUGUCCCCCCUCAUCCUCUUGUCUGUGCCGGUGACACUGGGCAUGAAGGUUCACUCACCCGUGCAGUUACGCACAGGUCACAUAGGCCGCCAUCUAGUCCUCCCCUCGUGGUAAGAUAGACACAUCUCCUCGAAUAAAUGUAUUGGUAACGA